CGACUCCUCCAGCUCCAGUGGGACUGUUGUCAUGGUGACGCGUGUGCGCGGGCUGUGUAGCGCCCUGAAGUGCGCGCUAAAACACCCGGGAAAGACCCCGUUUACAAGCAUCAUUUCACCUGACAACACCGCACUCGACUGAGACACUGCACGCCUCACCGGGAGGACGAUCAUGAGAGGAAAUCUUUCAGUACAACAGCCAUUCCCACAGUAGAGCAUCUCAUGAGCGGCGGUUCUUCAGAGAUGUCUGCGCUGAGUGACUCUGGCUUUGAAGAGGAUCUUCACACUUCUCCAGCAGCGGCUUCAAGCGCCCGACUGACCUCAGACCUGCACGAGUGUGACUAUGAAGAGAGCUGCUUCAUCAUCCAGAGACACAACGAACUGCAGUUUCUGGCGCAGAACUGCCUCGCGCGACAACCGCAGAUUACAGCAGAGGCUCGCAGUAAACUGGUGAGCUGGCUCAUAGCAGUACACAGACAGCUCAAACUGUCUUUCGAAUCAUGCUGCUUGGCUGUUAAUAUCAUGGACCGUUUCCUGAUUACAACCUCAGUAGCUGCAGACUGUUUCCAGUUACUGGGAGUCACAUCUCUGCUGAUCGCCACAAAACAGGUUGAAGUGUAUUCACCUCGCAUCACACAGCUUCUGUCGCUUUGCUGCAAUACUUUUUCCAGAGAACAGCUGUGCAAUCUCGAAUGCCUGAUCCUUCUCAGACUCAAUUUCAGACUGGCUGCACCUACCCUUGCUUUCUUUCUGGACUAUUUCACCAGUCGCACAACUGGAUGUCAGACUGAUGAAGCCAUGGAUAAGAUGGUCAUUACACAGGAUAAACAUGUAUGGAAGGAGCAUGAGAAGAAGUGGAAAUGGUUGGCAUGCAAAGUAUGUGAACUGAGUUUGGCUGACUACACAUUUAACAAGUAUAUGCCGUCUGUGAUUGUGCUGUGUGCUAUGAAAGUGGCAAAAGAUCUGCUGAAGAAUUCAGUGCAGCCCACAGACAACGACGCUGGUUCAUCACAAACAUUGGAGUCUCUCUGUUUUCAAGAGUUUCCAACAUUUGAAGCUCAGCUUUUGUUUCAGCAAUGCACAGUAGAUCUGAAAUUGUUGGUUUCUCUUAAUCAAGAUGCAGUCCAGGACUUCAUAGCAUUAUAAAUCAUUAUAUUAGUUCAUUCCACAAAAUGAUCACAUUGACAAUUUGCUAAAACGUACUUAAGAAAUUCACCUGAAGAAAGUUAGCAAAAAAUGCAAAAUACUGUAGUGUACUGUUUUGCUAUGAAUCUGUAAUACUGUAGAUCUGUAAUACUCCAUAUGACUCAAAAAAGGGUGGAUUUAUAAUACACAUGAAACAACUUGUCAAGCUGUAUUUGUCCUAUAAUUUAUUUAUGCAAAAGUAAGGUUUUAUUUUAAAUGUAUGUGUACUGUAUGUAGAAUCCAACUUUUUGAA